UUAAGACCACCGUCGGAUUAUGUCCAUCUCAAACUGAUACCAUCAGAUCCAAUGUAUAAAUGAAACACUUUCCCUUCUCCUCGAUCAUAUCUUCUUCUCCCUCAAUCUCUCUGUCUUUCCUUUCCUUUCAACCAAACCACGAGUUCCAACUGUAUAUCGAAAAUUAAUGGCGGAGAUAAUUGAAUCGACUGUAUUUUAUUCUUUGAUUAAAAAACAUUUUAUUGAAGUUUGUUUAGAAUCAAAAAAAGGCUGCUCGAACGAGGAGGAGGAGGAGGAGGAGGAGAGUCUGCUCGAUAUAGAGCCGCAAUGGAGAAACAAGACCCCCCAAGUUUUACUUCAGCAUCUUCUGCCAAUAAUGAUGCAAAUCUGUUUGAACAUGUUAUAUAUCAACAACAGGUACAGGUUGAAGUGGAAGAAUUAUCGGACGCAUCUUAAUAAUGUCAAUGGUGGGUAUUCAAAAUUGGAGCAAAGGAGGUGGGUGAUGCGGAGACAAUGGCAUGCAUGUGCAGGUUCUGAAACUGUCAAGUUCCAUCGAAGGAAAUUGGGUGUUAGUCAUCACUUUCCUUUUGAAAGUUCCAAAUGUAAAAAAAAUAUAGUCAUCUGACCUAUAUCCUUGAUGCGGAUUGAAAUAUUAAGAUAUCGCAUGAACAUAUGUGGCAAAUGUCUUUGAUCAAAUAUGUGUGGGUUUUAUGAAUAUGAAAGAAGCAAUAUAGAUACAUUCAUUUGAUUUAUCGAAUCUGAAAUUUACAUAUUUUU